AUGGCAUCAAUCUCGUCUUCUCAUCGUCUGCACUCCAUCUCAGCCUCACAAGCCCUGACCACCUCCACCACCUCCCAAUCACCCACGAUCUCCACCGGCUCCUGUACCCUUAACAGCCACCUCUCCUCAGCCGGCCUUCUGCCCAGCAAGGUCCAUGAGCUCUGUGGCCCUCCCGGCGCUGGCAAAACCGCAAUGGCGAUGCAGAUGGCCGCAAAUACCCUCCUAUCAGGACACCGCGUAACCUGGAUCGACACAUCACACCCACUCCCGAAAUCGAGGCUGCUGUCAAUGAUUGCUGCGCGGGCGCGCCCGGAUGAGGACCCACAGGGCUACAUGGCAUCACUAACGACCUGGCAUGCCAGGUCCCUGCCACACUUGCUGGCGCUGUUCUUGCACCCGCUGCCAGGCUCUACAUUCCCGCCAGAGGGCACAGGGCUGGUGGUGAUCGACAAUGUGGGUACGGUGUUCACGGCGGCGUUCCCGCCCGGGAGUGAGGACUUCCAUAAGAAGCUGCCUGCCGGCGCCGAUAAGCGCGGGUCAGGGUCAGCAUCGCCGGGGCCGAAGCAGCCGCCGCGGAAGUUUGCGGUCAUGGUGGACCUGGCAAAGGCGCUUGAGCGGCUGGCUGUCACGAGGAAGAUAGCGAUACUUGUAAUAAACCAAAUGACAACCCGCGUAAUCGCUGGGUCAAGGGCAAUUCUUCAACCGGCUGUCAUAUCGCCAUUGUGGUCUGCGGCGUUAUAUACAAGACUCUACAUCCACCGUAAUAGUAUAUCCCCCUCCAAGCUAGCGAAUCCCGACUCGGUGCCCAUCCAGCAAAUCCGCUUCGUCUCGAUCCUAAAAGGGAACGGCAGGACCUACCACGACUUUGAAAGCGGAAUUGAAGGCAAAGUCGUCAUUGUAAUCGUGCAGAUCCACGACGGCGGCAUAUCAGACGUAGAGCUCCUGGGCCCUCUCACGCCCGCGCCUACACGCCCUACAUUAAAAGACAAGAGAGUAUUUUUCUCAGAGUCACCUGAUGGAACCCCAUCUGCAUCUACGUUAGCCAAGCUAUCAGAGGAGGCCGACCUCGACCCAUCCCAGAUAUCAGCAAUACCCCUAGAGACACCCUCCGCACAGUCACCGCCGCCCACAUCAUCGCCCCUAUCACCGCCGCCCACAUCAUCACCCCUAUCACCGCCCCCACCAUCGCCCUCCUAUUCCGCAGCGUUCACACCCCGGUCGCAGUCGCUGGUGGUGACCGGGUCCCCGGAACCAAAGCGACGGAAAACGGGGUUGGAGUUGGGCGUGGUGCGGGGCAGCGAUGAGGAGGAUACGGACGAGGACUGGUCUGAUGAGGAGGGGGGCUUGGAUAAUGGCGGGGCGCCGGUAAAAGUGCUGACUGCUGCUGACACGGACGGGGUAAAUGGACUUACGACACUUGCUGUUGCGGGGCAGAAGGACGGGAAGGGGAGUAAUUGA